CUACACAUUAACCCCGAACCAAAUAAACACAGAAUACUGAGGAGGAAAGAGGGCUGGUCUCCUGUAUUGGAGAUUUCGCUUCAAAAUGGGAUUUGAAACAUGUGGUCCGAACGAGGUGAUGGUUGUUUCGGGAUGCUGCCAUUCCAGAUCCCUGUUUAUCCCUGGUGGGCGUGUCUUUGUAUGGCCUGUCAUACAGCACCUACAAAGACUGACCCUAAACACCAUGGAUAUCCAGGUAGAUAGUUCCAAUGUAUACACACAGCUCGGUGUAGCAAUUUCUGUGACAGGAAUCGCACAGGUAAAGAUUCUGGGCUCCAGUAAAGACAUGUUGGAGUCAGCAUGUGAACUGUUCUUGGGAAAGCCAGAGGUUGAGAUCCGCAAGGUGGCCCAGGAAACACUGGAAGGUCAUCAGAGAGCUAUUAUGGGCAACAUGACUGUAGAGGAAAUUUACAAAGAUCGUAAGAAGUUCUCCAAAGCUGUGUUUGAAGUGGCCUCAUCUGAUUUGGUCAACAUGGGGAUCUGUGUAGUGAGUUACACACUGAAGGACAUCCGUGAUGAAGAGGGUUACUUGAAGUCUUUAGGCAUGGCCAGGACAGCUCAAGUUAAACGUGAUGCCCGUAUUGGUGAAGCUGAGGCGCGAAGGGAUGCAGGAAUCAAGGAAGCUAUGGCUGAGGAGCGGAGAAUGGCUGCCAGAUAUCUCAAUGAUAUUGAGAUUGCUAAGGCUAGGCGUGACUUUGAGCUGAAGCAAGCUGCCUACAACAUGGAAAUUCAGACCACCAAGGCCCAGUCUGACCUUGCCUACGAUUUACAGGCUGCCAAGACAAAGCAGAGAAUCAAGAAUGAACAGAUGCAGGUCAAAGUUGUGGAGAGGACCCAGCAGAUUCAACUACAGGACCAGGAAAUCUUGCGUCGUGAACGUGAACUCGAGGCCCAGAUACGCAAGCCUGCUGAGGCCGAGAGGUACCGACUGGAGAAAAUUGCAGAGGCCGACAGAAUCAAGAUCACCCUUGAGGCCGAAGCUGAGGCUGAAUCAAUCAGGGUAAAGGGUGAAGCUGAGGCUUUCGCUAUUGAGGCCCGUGCCAAGGCAGAGGCAGAACAGAUGGCCAAAAAGGCUGAUGCCUGGAAGGACUACCAGGACUCCGCCAUGAUUGACAUGAUCCUGGAGACUAUGCCCAAGCUUGCUGCUGAAGUAGCUGCUCCUCUGACCAACACCAAGAAGGUGACAAUGGUAUCCAGCGGUAAGGGAGAUAUUGGAGCCGCUAAGCUCACUGGAGAGGUUCUGACCAUCAUGGAGAAACUUCCUCUGGUUGUGGAGAAUUUGACAGGAAUCAGCAUCACAAAGAACAUCAAAGCCGCCACCCGUCGAUAGAUAGAUGAUGAGAGUUACCCACAUUUAAACUUUGUACCUUUAAUCAACAAAGGAUGUGUAGGUCUAGUGACGUGAGAAUGUAGGUCAUACACUGUACCUAAACAGAUGACUUGUGGUGUGCACAUCAAUGCGUGUGCAUCUCUGUAGAUAUGUAGAUUUUAUAUUGGUAGAAUAAAAACUCACCAUUUCUAUAAACAUUUCUUGUCUGCUGCGGUUGUGUUGUCCAUGGUAACACUAUACAAUGUCGAAAUGAUUGUCGUUCCCGUCAGUAGAUAGGUAUGCUAUACACAGGUAUUUGACAGCUCAUUAAGAACAGGUAGCAAGCAGUAUAUAAUUAUAAUUUGAUUGACAGAAAUUAUGAAACUCGUCAAGUGUUGCCAUGGACAUGUGUAUAAGAUUGUCAAAAUGGAAUGUUUUAAUCACAGUUCUGUCUUUGAUAAAUGUGUGAUUUUUAGAAAGGCAUACAACUUGCUCAAAAGUUCUUACAACCAUUGUGUCACUUAAGGUACAAAUGACCCCUGAUUAUUGUGUAGUCUUUGUCUGUCAUUAACUUCCAGGAAUCCAUACAUAGUAUAAAUGUGCUGUUUUAUGAUUUAUUUUAAAAUUUGCUUUUUAACUUAUUUUUUAACUGCUUGCCUCCUGUCUGACGAGAUAAUGUCCUGUACCUUGUAUGUUGGAGGUGUAUUGACAGUCGAUUACUCUGGUAGCUAUGUGUUCAAAGCACAUGUAUAACAAGUGUUACAUAUGGACAAACAAUUGCUUUAUAUGGUAGCUAUGUAUGUGUACAACUGUGGUCCUAAUACUCAUUUGUUAGACUACAUCAUACCUGUACUGGUAUAAACCAUUAAAGGCCGUCGGUAGACUACAUCAUACCUGUACUGGUAUAAACCAUUAAAGGCCGUCGGUAGACUACAUCAUACCUGUACUGGUAUAAAACCAUUAAAGGCCGUCAGUAAAAGACCAUUUGGGCAUUAAUUUGGAUGAGUGACUAAGCAGUGUUUUCUACCUGUCUGAAAUUUAACAUUCACUAAAUCCACUGGCAAAACAAGUAGUUCUAGAUCCAACAUGUGUAAGUUUACUAUCAGAUUUAAUUGUGUUUCCCUUUACUCAUGACAUAUUCUUACCGUAAAUUUGUUAUAAAGUGACUUUGUUAUACAAACUAAGUGACUUGGUUAUAUCUAUUGAAGCCAUGCUGAAGCUGUUGAUCUGAUCAGCAAUUGUUUUAAAUCGCUUUGUUGUUUCUACAACAGCUUUGGUAGGACGAGUAACAGGCCACCAGAUAUUCUGCAGUUUUGAAAUGUUUUAAUGACGGAAAACAUAAAAAAAAAAUGUAUCCACAUCAUGAUUUUCUGACAAAUUAUAUUGAGUAUCUAUUCUGAGCAAUAGGAGUCGUGUUUGAGACUACCCCAGCUGUUAACCUUUAGAUUUACACAUGUUCAUGGGUUUUAAUUGUCAAAAUGGAGUUAUUAUUUUUAGGCAUCACAAGCGAGGUUGUGACACAAUAUUUUAUUGUAUGCUAGUUAGUUCCUUCUAGUCUUUGGACAAUGAAAUCUUUACACUCUAGUCAGAAUGGUUAUAACAAGACAUGAACAACUAUUGUGCAUGUUGUUUUGCUGAGAAUUAUUUAUCUUUCUGAUGACUUUGAUACAUGUACAGCAAAAAACUGUUUAUACUCGUGUGAAAUCAUCCUAUGUUUCUGACAAAAUGUUCUGACUUAUUUGCAAAGUUUAACACAGUAGGGUGUCAAGUAAGAGACAUUGGGACAGAAAAAACUUCCAUUUUGACUUUAAAUGUACAUAUACUGUAGGUUUUGCCAGUGGGUUUUUGACUUUCUUACCAAUCACACAAUCAGGGGUCAUUUGUAUCGUUUUAAUCGUUCAUCCAUGGAAUUCAAAUAUCUGUGACAUUAUUUGAUGAUAUGUGUAUAAGGUGGUUUGAACCCAUACCUUUAUCAUCAUACAGUAAGGAAUAUUUAUUUUACAUACAUUACUUAUUUAACAAAUUAUUCAGUAUUUAAUUCAGUUUUGAAAUUUCCUAAAGAUUCCCUAUUUGUUAUAGUAGUUUUGUGCAGAAUGCAAUAAAUAACAUGGACCUUUUAUCAUUUUAAUCCCCAUGAUUUACCUCAUUCUAAUGUGAGAUUGUUGUGUCUACUGUAAUCCAUUGUAUAUAUAGCAUUAGUAGACCUUGUGACCUCCACAAUCCUCUGAAGACUCAUUGCACUUGGAAAUUGUGGAGGGCAGAAGGGAUCUUUUAUCAUUAUUCUUUACCCCGAGAUAUACCCCGACAUAAUUAGGAUUGUUACAGGUGUUUUUGUAAUACCUUUACCCAGUACAUUCAAAUAUUCAGAAAUGACAGUUAUGUCAAAGCAUUGUUGCAGUAAUUUUCCCAUUUGAAAUUUUGCAAUUUUUCAAAUUUAAAGAAAAAAUCUCUGCAUAAUAUCAUGUUUCUUUGUCUGUUGUCUCUCAGGGUUUGCUUAGUUUUGAAACUUGCAAUAGGUAAGACAUUCUGUUACAAUUCUGAAGAACAAAUGCCUAGUUUAUAAAACUCAGUCCUGUAGAUCCUCAAAGUAAGUAGUUCCCAACUGUAGAUUUAGGCCAUGCAUAGUUCUCCGAUUUUAUCUGAUCGUAUUUGCAUAGCAGAUUUGCCUCCCAUGAUCAGAGAAUUUCACUUUCAUUGGUAACAUGCACCACCCUAUUUGACAAUUCCUAAAUCUGCACCUGUUCUGUUGAAAUAAGAUCAUUUGAUGUUUCCAUCCAAAACGGACCAUUAAUAUGCUGAGGCCUUAUAUAUCUAAACACUUACUACCAUAAAGAAGGUAUGAACUUCUAACAUGUUGACUGUUCCACUGUCUUGUUGCAUGUUUGUAAUGUUGUAGUAGUCCAUAAUCAUAUCUCUAUCUUUGUAUCAAUUACCAUUUGUAAUCUUUGGAAUAUAAUAAAAUGUUGUAUUGACA